AGGUCAUUAAUAACAAUAAAAUAAAAUUGAUCUGGAGGGUCGGAUAGAAUUACUCGGAGGGCCGGACCUUGACUUUGACACAUGUACCCUAAAAGAUGAGGUGAGGAACAUGGUAGAAUAGUGUCUGGUAAAAUGUCCCACCACAAAUAUAAAUGGUAAAUGGCGUAUAGUACUUCUUUUUUUAACUCCCUUGAAGGUCCAAAUCGCUGUCACAGUCCUGUUCACUCAUUGGCCCCAACCUAUAACCACCAGGAGGAAUGUGGGGGUCAAUGUCUUGCCCAAGGACACUUCAACAAUAGCUGAAAUAGAAUCUCUGCACCACAGCUGCCAACAACAAAACCAACAGCAUCUCUAAAAACAUUGGAGUCAAACAUUGUGGUGGUGGUGUGAUGGUCUGGGACUGCUUUAACAUUGCAAAAUACAUGAGUGAAUGUGGUGACAACGAAUGACUAAAAUUCAAUGAAUAAAAGUAAAGGAAGGACCUUUGGGUUGACCUUCAGUCUAAAAACAUGAACUUUUUUUCCUUGUGCUUUCAGUCCUCAGACUAUGAACCGUCUCUUCCCGUCACAGAGAAGUCAAAUCCCUUGACACGUGACAUCGAUCGAGCGUCCCCCAGUGGCAUUGUGGGAAUGUUGGAGGCCUGUGACGCCCAGAUGUUUCAAAGGGAAACAGGAACAAACUACCAGAGACUUUUUGACGACCAAGUGGUGACGACAUUGACAGAAGUUGCUAAAAGGGUGGAGCUUAUUCUGAAGGAUCCUCAGGAUAGUCUUGUUGUGUUGAGUGGCUGCGGCACUUCAGGCCGACUAGCUUUCUUCAUCGCGUCAAGAUUCAACGAAGCUCUAAAGCAGCUGAACCGCACUUUGGUCUAUUCUUACAUCAUCGCAGGAGGAGACAGAGCUCUGCUCUCCUCCCAAGAAGCUCCAGAGGACGACCCUGAACUGGGCAUGCUCAGUCUGCAGAAGGUUUGUGAGGGUAAAAAGAGAGUCCUGUUCAUUGGAGUUUCCUGUGGAUUAUCUGCUCCUUUUGUUGCAGGUCAACUGGACUUCUGUUUGCAGCAUCCUGAAGUCUACACUCCCGUGCUGCUGGGCUUUAACCCCACACAUCAGGCCAGGGAUGAACCGAUUCCAGGCUGCACCUUCACGUUCCGCAGUGUGGCUCAGAGGCUGCAGGAGCUGGCACAAAGGAGGAAGGCUUUCCUCAUCAACCCCGCCGUCGGGCCGGAAGCCAUCAGCGGCUCCUCCAGGAUGAAGGGAGGCAGCGCCACGAAGAUUGUCCUGGAGGUCGUCUUGUCGGCUGCUCACGCCGCCGCUUUCUCACACACGCCGGUCGCCAACGAUGGGAUUCUUCAGCACAUGAGGGAAUAUGAACGAGCGGUAGAGAUGACCUAUCAGCACCGAGAAGGCAUAGCUGCUCUGGUGGAAGCAGCUGGACGCAGUUUACAGAAUGAGGGUGGCGUUUGUUACCUGGGCUGGGGCCCCAUGGCGUUUCUGGGUCUCAUGGACGCCAGCGAGUGUAACCCCACAUUUGGAGCAGACUAUGCAGACAUCAGAGGAUUCAUCAGGGGAGGAUACAAAGACCUGAACAACAAUGAAGGUCCUUUGUCUUCACUGGGCCCUGACUUCUGCAUUGCACACGAGGAUUUCCUCCAUCAAGUCCUGCCCAGCCUCACUGACAGAGACACCGUUCUGCUUAUCUACACACAAUCUGACGAUCUCCAUGAGGUUGUGAACUUAGGGAGAAAAGUGAGGGAAAAGACAUCUAACAUCCACGCUGUUCAUCACCGCACUGACUCUGUGGAAGCUCUGCAACAAGUCUCCAUAAAUGAGCUGUGUUCGUCCACACUUGACUUCCUGUGGCGUGGGAGCACACCUGCUUCAGGGAGCUUCUUCCAUCAGUGGGAGUUGUCCACCAAGCUGGUGUUGAAUGCUGUCAGCACCGGCGCUCACAUUCUAAAAGGAAAAAUUUACCGAAACCACAUGAUCGAUUUACAGGUGACCAACUCCAAGCUCUACCGCAGAGCUGCACGUUUACUCCAGAAACUCUCGGGCCAGGCUGAGACUGAAUGCGAGGGGGCCCUUCUGAAGGCCAUAUAUAGAGCGGACAAGCUGACGGAGGAAAUCACUUCCUGUGACAUCACUGCACACACACAAGUCGCCAGAAGUGCCAAGAAGGUGGUUCCGUUGGCUUUGGUCUCCUUACUGACUGGUUGCUCUUUGAAACAAGUGGAGUCUCGUUUGGAGCAGAGACAAAUACUCAGGGACGCUCUGGAGGAGUUGAUACCAUGAGUGGAGUUCAGUUGGAGUGUCUUUUCAUUAUUUGAUACCUUGAUACUGUAAUGGUCAUAGACGCAUUGGGCUUACUAUCGGAGCAGGAAAUUCCAGGAUACCAUUCCCUUUGCCUGUCUGAUUGGGGUUAAAGUGUGGGUUUUUGUCUAUGUGUUUUGUUGUCUGGAUGUUUGCCCGUAGUCAUUUUAUCCUGCUAUUUAGUUCUGUACCAUAAUUAAGAAGGAGGGAGAAGAGAAUUACCCCUCUUGUGUUGUUAAACAGUGUGUUCAAAAAUAAAUAAAGCCAGAGUUCAUCUCAGCCUCCUUGAUUGUAGUGUUGCUGCACUGGUGUCAGGAGUGGGAUCAGCUGUGGUGCUUCAUCAGGACCAGCCCCUUGUUCCACAGAGUAAUGGAACAGGAGAUAGACCUACUGAUAUGGAUUUGAACAGAGCAGAACCCAGUGCAACCUUAAAUGAACAUUCAGAACCUGUUCAUGGCCAGUGUGUUCAAGAUGGUUGUGCGUGAAAAUCCCAGUAGAUCAGCAAGAAACACUCUAAC